CAAGCCCGUUACAAGGAAAUCUUACGAUCAGGUUUCAAGGACAACUCCGACAGAAUGACUUAUUGUGAGCAUGAAUUUUGGGCAAGAGAACAGCUUACGUCCAACGCAAAUGAUGAUAUGACACAAUCCAUGGGAAUGGUCCAACUGCCAUUUGAAAGACAAGUCUCACGUUUCCUGUUGGAGUUCAUCCUUGAAGAAUGUUCGCAUAUACCUGAUCCUAGCGAUUUUGUGCAUUCCCCUUCAAGCAUCGUUGCUUGGAUUCCUUCUUUUGACGUGGCUAAGUCCAUUGGAGCUUUUUUGAGGAUUUGAUGCACGAGUCUUACAUUAUUGCCCACCGAAGUCUGACUAGAGUAGUUGAGGUGUUUGCUGCUGUGGUGUUUUUGCUAUUGGUCGUUAUUGGAGUCUCGUGGCGUACAUCAUGAUCUCAACACGACAGAUGUACAAUGCAGACCUUGAGUUCUUCAGACGCAAUGAUCGCGGGACUCACAUGCCAUUGAGCCAGAACCCUCACAUUUCCGACCACUAUGACACUACGGGCCAUCUAAGUAGGCGGACGACCCCUUCUUCGGAGGCGGAUAACAGAACACCGGGUGGAGCAAGGAAGCGGGUGCCUGUGGCAUGCCAGAGAUGUCGAAAACGCAAAAUCAAAUGCAGUGGCAAUGAAGACAACAAUCAGAGUUGUGCAAACUGCAUAAACGCUGGUCAUGCAGAGACAUGUCACUUUCUCCGAGUCCAGUCAGAGGACUACUACAGCUUAGUAGGAAAGAUGCAUACACCUCCUCGAUAUUCUCCGUAUUCACUUCCCCCGAACCACCGCCUGAAUUAUGUGACGCUGUCGUCGAGGUACAACCCACAGAGUUCGCUUCAAUACCCCACUGUCCCAUCUAACAUGGACUAUGGUCCAUAUGCCCAUCCAGCUCCAGGUGUCGACUGGACAAGGGCACCAUACGUUGGUUCAUAUUCUCCGUACCCUGACGAUGAAGACACAAGCCCAUACAGCUCUCACCCGCCUCCGUACAUUCUGCCAAACACAGACCCCAUGACGACAGCAAACGGCUACUAUGUCCACGCACAAAACGUCCGACCACAUCCAGGCACACUGUGGCCAGAGCCUCAACAGUGCAUGUCCCAGCAGACCUCUCACUUGCCAUCUUCGGCCUACAGCGUCACCACGGAGACUCCACAACCACUCUACAAUGGCGGACUUUCCGGUACGCUACCAUCUGACCGCAUUUUACCCACCCCAGUUUCAGCCCGCAGUAUGGCCGUUCCACAGACGAAUUCCACAGACACCCUGCCAGUAUCUUCCCCCACACAGCGAAAUUCCACCUACUGGUCCUCCGCACACCACAUCCCAGGUCAAGUCGACAUGGCCACAGACUCACAGCAAUCCCAUGACAACAGACGCAACACCUCGUACGGCAUGCAGGACAUGGCUUCCUACAACCACAUUGGCAUGGGAGAAGUGCUCCCCAGCACAUCUCUUCUGUCUGCCCUGCCUCUUUCCGCCAGCCACGACCAGACACUUACUUCCAGAACAGCAACAGACGACUCACAGCACCAGCACCAGCACCAGCACUCGAAAGCACGUGCCGUGGUCUCCCAUGACCAGAGCCCUACGUCCACCCAGGAAAGCACGUCCAUCGCGUACAGUUACACAGGCUCGUUGAGUGGACGUGGUACCCAGCAGCAGCAGAGGAGUGCUUCGAGCAGCCACUUCUCGGACGGCGCGCUGUAUGGUCGGACACAGCCAUUGGUUGCACGCAGAGACACAGCGGCGGAUGACUGCAGCCCAGACUGCUCAGGAGGGUGUCCGACAGAUUCGGCAAGGGCGUCAGUCACGUCUAUCAGCAAUACCUCCUCGAGUUAUUGAUUGACCUUAAGUUUUGUUCAUGGCUUGUGGUGGAAUGCCCGUCGUCUGUUUGGUCUCCUAUAAAAAGCAUUCUUUCCUCGUUCGUUCAAUUGCUAGUUCUCGUCCGAACUGGGUCUGUUUGACUGACUUGUGGUACUUUCAUAUUGAUAAAGCUACGUCUAAUGCUCUUGGGUCAGGACAUACCACCUGGGUCCUUUCGGGGCGGCAUGGCAUAGGAGUCUGGCGUCGACUUUGUGUCACGGAAAUCGUUACUAUUGCAGGAGGCAUACGUUUGCUGUGAUUCAGGGACUGGAAAGGAUGUACUUUUUGGAGGGUCCUGACGUUGUUGCUGUUACGAAAAGAUCGCCUGUGUUGUGUUUGGAGUUUUGUUGCGAACGCUA